AUGGAGCCCCCCAGGCCCUUCCGCCUGCCCGGCCCCGGCCCGGCCCCCGCUCCCCCGGGCAGGCUGCGGGGGCUCCCGGGCCGUGCCCAGCGCCUGCCCCAGCCCGGCCCGCCCGAGCCCCGGCCCUCCCUGGCGCCACUCUCUGCCCUGCUCUGCGGCCUGGGCCUCGGCGAGCGGCCCUGCCCCUCUCUGGAGGCGGGGGACUGGCCCCUCGGCCGUGGCACCACUGGCGUGGUAGAGGCUCUGGCCCGGCCCGGCCCGGCAGUGGAGGAUGACAAGGGGGUGGCGGCAGCAGUGGCAGCGGUGCUCCCCACACGUGGGCGGAUCCUGUGGCGAGGCAGAGGGGACACGCUGCCCGGUUCCCCUGGGAGAGACGCCGCCGUGCUGUCCCGCGGGAAGCCCUGCACUGCUCCUGCGCCCACCCUGCGCCCACCGGGACCCCAGCCUUCCUUGCCAUCCACACCCGCCCCAGGAACCCCCCCGGCUGCCGGCAGACCGGCAGCGUGGACGAAGCCGGCGGCGAAGGGAACCACCUUAGCCGUGGGGCUGAACUCAGUGAAAAUCCACUGCCAGAACGAAGCCGUCUACCAGUACCACGUUACCUUCAGCCCCGAGGUGGAGUGCAGGAGCGCGCGCUUCGCCAUGCUGAAGGAGCACCGGGCGGUGACGGGGGACGUGACCGCGUUCGACGGCUCCAUCCUCUACCUGCCCAUCCUGCUCCCCCAGCCAGUCAGUCUGAAGGCUCAGAGGAGGAGCGACGGGGAGGAGAUCGCCAUCACCAUCCAGAUAACCAAGGUCCUCGAGCCCAGCUCGGAUCUCUGCAUCCCCUUUUACAACGUGGUUUUCCGGAGGGUGAUGAGAAUCUUAGAUAUGAAGCUUGUCGGGAGAAAUUUCUUUGAACCUGCCCAGGCCACCAUAUUACAGCAUUACAGGCUGCAGAUUUGGCCGGGAUACUCUGUCAGCAUCCGGAAGAAGGAUGGCGGCCUCUUCCUCUUGGUCGACGCCAUCCACAAAGUCAUCCGCAGCGAUUCCGUCCUGAAUUUCAUGCACGCCAUCUACAAGCAAAGCCUCAGCAGCUUCCAGGACGAGUGCACCAAGCAGCUGGUGGGCAACGUGGUCAUCACCCGCUACAACAACCGCACCUACCGCAUCGACGACAUCGACUGGAACAAGACCCCGAGGGACAGUUUCACCCUGGCCAGUGGCGAGGAGAUCACCUUCGUGGACUACUACAGCAAAGCCUACGGGAUCACGAUCAGAGAGCUGGACCAGCCGCUGCUCGUGCACAGGCCCAAGGAAAAACAGACGCCGGAGGGGAAGCGUCGGCUGGACAUGGUACUGCUCGUGCCGGAGCUCACCUUCAUGACCGGGGUCCCCGAGAUAAGGAAGGACAGUCGAAUGGUGAAGGACGUGAUGCGGGAGAUGCUGCAGAGCCCCAGGCAGCACUACACGCGGCUCACCGGCCUCCUGCGCAGGAUCAAGGACAGCCCGGAGGCCUCGCAGGAGCUGAUGCGCUGGGGGCUCAGCCUGGACCCGGACAUCCACAGGACCCAGGGCCGAGUCCUGCCCGCGGAGAGGAUCAACCUGCGGCACAGCUCCUUCAUCCCCGCCGAGGACCUGAGCUGGAACAAGGAGGUCACGCGAGAAGCCUCCAUCUCGGCGAUCGCCAUGAAUUACUGGCUGCUGGUUUACCCGAAGCGCCUGCAGGACCUGGCGAAGGAUUUGGUGGCCGCCAUGGAGAGCGUCUGUGGCCCCAUUGGCAUGCACGUCAGCCGUCCCGCCUUGGUGGAGCUGAAGGAUGACCGCAUCGAGACCUACGCCAAGACCAUCCGAAGCGUUUUGGGUAGCGAGGACAAGGUGCAGCUGCUCCUCUGCAUAAUCUCCAGCAGCCGGGAGGACUUGUACGGGGCCAUCAAGAAGCUGUGCUGCGUGCAGUCCCCGGUGCCCUCCCAGGUCAUCAACGCGCAAUCCCUUGCGGGCCAGUCGGGCAAGAUGAGGAGCGUGGUCCAGAAAGUCCUGCUGCAGAUGAACUGCAAGCUGGGCGGCGAGCUCUGGGGGGUCGACAUCCCCCUGAAACAGCUGAUGGUUAUCGGCAUGGACAUCUACCACGGCCGCAGCAAAGGGAUGCGGUCCGUCAUCGGCUUCGUGGCCAGCAUGAAUCACGUCCUCACCAAGUGGUACUCCAGGGUGGUCUUCCAGAUGCCCCACCAGGAGAUCGCCGACAGCCUGCGGCUCUGCCUGGCCGAUGCCCUCCAACACUUCCACGAGAUGAACCAUUGCUUGCCCAAGAAGAUAGUCGUGUACAGGGACGGCGUGUCCGACAGCCAGCUCGACACCGUGCUCAAGUAUGAGAUCCCGCAGAUGCAGAAGUGCUUCGACACCUUUGAGAACUACCAGCCCAGCAUGGUGGUCAUGGUGGUGCAGAAACAAAUCAGCACCAACUUUUACACCCUCACGGCGGAGCAAUUCACAUCCCCUCCUCCGGGGACGGUCAUCGACCACACGGUCACCAGCUCGGACUGGCAGGAUUUCUUUUUGUUGGCCCAUCACUCUCGCCAAGGCUGCAGCAUCCCCACGCGCUACGUCUGCGUGCUGAACACGGCCAACCUCAGCUGCGAGCACCUGCAGAGGUUGACUUUCAAGCUCUGUCACCUGUACUGGAACUGGCCGGGCACCGUCCGGGUCCCUGCCCCGUGCAAAUACGCGCACAAGCUGGCCUUCCUCUCGGGACAGGUCCUGCACCACGAGCCCAGCGCCCAGCUCUGCGACAAGCUCUUCUUCCUAUAGCCGGCGUGCUGGCAACGGGGGGAGAAAGGGCUCGUUUUGGGGUUCGGCUCCCCCAGCCGCUGCUGUUAAGCCUCCUGCAAGGGGGACUGUCUUUCCUUAAAUGUGUUUUGUUUUGGUUUUAAAUUAAUUUAUUUCUGCACAUAGUUUCUUGGGUUCAUUUUUAUUGUUGUUUUGAAAGGAUGCUCGGAAGCGCUCCGGUACGGCAGCAUGGCCCCGGAGGCGUGGGCUCUUGGGAUUCAUCUCCAUGGGAAUGAACCCGGAGCAAAACCCCGCUGCUGCGGGGCUGCCAGCCUCUGCCCACUGGUUUCCAGUCCUCCCAGCAAAGGGGUUUGAGUAGAUGAGCCCCAAAGGUGAUGGUCCUCCCGCAGCGCAGGCUGCAGCCCAUCCCUGCCCGUCCCCCUGCCCCGUGCAGGCGCUGGAUCCAAAACCCAAAGAUUUCUGGUAUUUUUUUUUUCCCCCCAAUCUCUUGCAUUGCCAUCGAGACAGCCGCCAGUUUAAAAUUUUAGUUUGCUUUUUCGAGCUCCUGUUUAACAAACCCAGCUCCAGUUCGGCUGGUUGUCACAUCCUUAAAAAGU